AUGAAUGCUGCGGCAGAAGCCGAGUUCAACAUCCUCCUGGCCACCGACUCCUACAAGGUUACUCACUAUAAACAAUACCCACCCAAUACAAGCAAAGUUUAUUCCUACUUUGAAUGCCGUGAAAAGAAGACAGAAAACUCCAAAAUAAGGAAGGUGAAAUACGAGGAAACAGUAUUUUAUGGGUUGCAGUACAUUCUUAAUAAAUACUUAAAAGGUAAAGUAGUGACCAAAGAAAAGAUCCAGGAAGCCAAAGAGGUAUACAAAGAACAUUUCCAAGAUGAUGUAUUUAAUGAAAAAGGAUGGAAUUACAUUCUUGAGAAAUACGAUGGGCAUCUUCCUAUAGAAGUGAAAGCUGUUCCUGAGGGCUCUGUCAUUCCCAGAGGAAAUGUUCUCUUCACAGUGGAAAACACAGAUCCCGAGUGUUAUUGGCUUACAAAUUGGGUUGAGACUAUUCUUGUUCAGUCCUGGUAUCCAAUCACUGUGGCCACAAAUUCUAGAGAGCAGAAGAAAAUAUUGGCGAAAUAUUUGUUAGAAACAUCUGGUAACUUAGUUGGUCUGGAAUACAAGUUGCAUGAUUUUGGCUACAGAGGAGUAUCUUCUCAAGAGACUGCUGGCAUAGGAGCAUCUGCUCAUUUGGUUAACUUCAAAGGAACAGAUACAGUAGCAGGAAUUGCUUUAAUUAAAAAAUACUAUGGAACGAAAGAUCCUGUUCCAGGCUAUUCUAUUCCAGCGGCAGAACACAGUACCAUAACAGCUUGGGGGAAAGACCAUGAAAAAGAUGCUUUUGAACAUAUAGUAACACAGUUUUCAUCAGUGCCUGUAUCUGUGGUCAGCGAUAGUUAUGACAUUUAUAAUGCGUGUGAGAAAAUAUGGGGUGAAGAUCUAAGACAUUUAAUAGUAUCAAGAAGUUCAGAGGCACCACUAAUAAUCAGACCUGAUUCUGGAAAUCCUCUUGACACUGUAUUAAAGGUUUUGGAUAUUUUAGGUAAGAAAUUUCCUGUUACUGAGAACUCAAAGGGCUACAAGUUGCUGCCACCUUAUCUUCGAGUUAUUCAAGGAGAUGGAGUAGAUAUUAAUACCUUACAAGAGGUUGUAGAAGGCAUGAAGCAAAAAAAAUGGAGUAUUGAAAAUAUUGCCUUUGGUUCUGGUGGAGCUUUGCUACAAAAAUUAACAAGAGAUCUCUUGAAUUGUUCCUUUAAGUGUAGUUAUGUUGUAACCAAUGGCCUUGGGGUUAAUGUCUUCAAGGACCCAGUUGCUGAUCCCAACAAAAGGUCCAAAAAAGGUCGAUUAUCUUUACAUAAAACACCAGCAGGAAAUUUUGUUACACUUGAGGAAGGAAAAGGAGACCUCGAGGAAUAUGGUCAUGAUCUUCUCCAUACUGUCUUCAAGAAUGGGAAGGUGACAAAAAGUUAUUCAUUUGAUGAAGUAAGAAAAAAUGCACAGCUGAAUAUUGAACUGGAAGUAGCACCUCAUUAG